GCAUCCCACGGACCAGUAUUUCGUGUCUUUGCUUAGCCGUUAAUCAAAUCGGUAUGAUCUUCCUAAGUGUUUUCUCGUCGUUGUGUUUUAUCUUUCGUCUGGGGGAUGCCGUUGGCCUCCACGGAUUUCAUUUUCGCGGAUUGGAAGAGCCAGACACUUCUACCCAAACAAGUUUCGAAAACAUAAUCGAAGCAUGGAUCGAACAGCCUGUCGAUCAUUUCAACCCUCGCGACAACCGUACUUGGUCAAUGCGCUACUACGAAAAUUCCGAUCAUUUUGAGAAAGGUGGACCGAUUUUGAUCAUGAUCGGUGGAGAAUGGGCUAUAUCCAGCGGUUUCUUAGAAUCUGGUUUAAUGUACGAACUUGCCUGUGCUCACAACGCGACCAUGUAUUACACCGAGCAUCGUUAUUACGGCAAAAGCAGACCGACCAAGGACACCAGUUCGACAAAUUUAGAGUACUUGAGCGUGGAUCAAGCGCUGGCCGAUUUGGCAUAUUUCAUCGAAAGUAAAAAGCACCAGGAUGGACUGGAGAACAGCGCUGUAAUCGUGUUCGGUGGAUCUUACGCGGGAAGUAUGGCCACUUGGUCCAGGCUUAAGUAUCCCCAUCUGAUACAGGGCGCGUUGGCUAGCAGCGCUCCACUCUUCGCGAAAGCCGACUUUUACGAGUAUUACGAAGUUGUGACCGAGUCGCUCCGCAGAUACAGUCAGAAAUGUGUGGACGACGUGAAAGCUGCGUUCGACGCGGUUCAAGAAUUAUUCAAGACCGAAAAUGGCACGCAAAGAUUGAAAGAAUAUUUCAAUUUAUGCGACGCGCCGAACGUGGACUCUCCGAACGACGUUGCCCAUUUUAUGAACAUUUUAGCGGAGCCAUUUGCCAGCAUUGUUCAAUACGAUAAAGUAGAGAACGGCAAAACGAAAAUCGCCGCCUGUUGCGAGAGCAUGACUGCUUCGUACUUGGGUAGUCCUCUCCAGAGAUUGGCGUAUUUCGUGUCGACGGGGAGGGAAUGUUUGAAAAAUAAUUACGAAAAGUUCGUGGAGCUUUAUCGGAAAGAAGCAUGGGACGCGCAGCCCGAUAUCAUGAGGCAAUGGUUUUAUCAGACGUGCACAGAAUACGGGUACUUCCAAACGACAAAUUCGAAGAAAUCGAUUUUCGGCUCUCUCUUCCCGUUGAAUUACUUUACAGAUAUUUGCACCGAUUUAUACGGAGACUAUUACGACAACGACUUUUUGAACACCAGAGUGGAAAGGACAAAUAUAAUGUACGGAGGUGUACGACCAGACUUGCGAAACGUAAUUUUCACCAACGGAGACGUCGAUCCUUGGCACGCGCUGUCCGUUCUCCAAGAUUUGAAUCCAUCCUCGCUGGCGAUACUUAUCAAAGGAUCGUCGCACUGUCGCGAUUUGUACCGCGAUUCAGACACGGACGGCGACGAUCUCGUUCGAGCCAGGGCACGAGUGCGUGAAAUUAUCGGGUCUUGGAUCUCUUCUUGAGCGUGUACGACCCUGUUCGCACGAUACGAUAUGCAGAUUGAAAAGGAAAAGAGGCGGGAUACGUGUAAAAAGAAGCAUUUAUUUCUACUAAUACAGUCUUAUUUACAAGUACCUAGCCAAAACGAAACGAAACGGCACGUCGCUUCGAAUUCGCAGAAGUAACCUUCGUUUAUGAAAUCAACUGAAAAUCCCCAACUCAAGUCCCUCCUACUUCUACUUACUUCUAACGUUAAAAAGUACAAAGUAGUGAAAAUGUAAUUAAACGUUUAAGAGAUUCAUCGAGCACAAGUAUUGCAAUUGCGUCGAUCGAGAUCGAAAUUUCGCGACUCCUUCUCUUGCUCACGAAAAUAAUUGUAUCGUAACAUGUUUGAAAUCUAACUGGCUAAAUAUAA